AACGAAAGCGCCAUUCUCGAGAUAGUGCAAUCUCAAGAAAACAGUGCCAUGUUCCAUACAUACCAAAAGAAUCGACUUUUCUUGAAAACUUAAUAUUUCGAGAACAGUGCAUUCGUUUUGGCUUAACCUUUCAGGCUAAUAUACGGGCCACAAGACCUAUACGUGGACAAAAUUUCAGGUCGAAACUCCUUAAUUUGAUUUUUCGGUAAAUAUCUUAUCAUAGGUGAUAAACCCAGUAAAAUGACCAUAACUUGAGAAGAAUGGGCCCUUGUCCUUUUGGACUUUUUCUAGUCUGAUUGGACUCUACUUAUGGGCAAAAUAUCGGCUUAAAAGCUUUGAAUCACUUCGGGCGGUUCCCUCGUCAGUUAUAAUAUAUUUAAGCGCUACCAUCAGUAGUGUAACAUGGAAAAUCACUAUUCGUAUAAGUUUAUUUUUGUACAAUCAAUGAAAACUCAAAUGUGUAAAUUGGAACGUAUAGAAGUGCUAGCACGUUUUAUAUGAAAAACGAAGAAUACACGAGCUCCAAAUAUGAGAAUGGGAAAUCUCCCUAAGCCUUCUAACUCUGGUUUUCUAGGCUAAAAAACUUAUUGUUAGAGUAAAUUUUGAUUUAAUCAGUUUAUCGAGUUUCUUAAAUUGUGUGAAAAAUAGUAAAUUUAUCUGCUUCAAACCGGUAGUCUGUUGGGGAAAACUAUAGUGAUUUUAAUGCAUACAGAAAAUAAAUAUGAACACUUCAAUGUGAAAUUCCUCAAGAUAAUACUAUUUUACUUAAAGUUUAUUUUCGAAAAUCCAGGUCAAUGAUUCCGGGCUCCGGAAUAAUGAAUCUAAGUUUCACGAUUUUUCGUGUUUCCUUGCUGGCACUGGCCUUUUUUUUUCUGGGCCCGGAGGAAAACAAAAAUGAUUACUAUCUCAUAGAAAACGCAACAUUCCCUGUAAUAUAAGCAAAAGAUACAUCGGCUAAACCGUUGUAUUAGUUCUUUAUUUAAAUAAGCAUUCAAAUAAAUGCAUGUUAAUUGUUAGAAUACGAAACUCUAAAAUCAUCUUUUGGAGUUAACUAAUCUUUUAGAAUUUAAACUCGAUUUAUAAUGUAUGAUGUCAUUUGUUAUAGCUCUCUUUUGAAUUGAGUUAGUCAGAAGACUCUUCCUAUACCAUUUCUCAUUUAAUAAAAUCAUGAAAUUUAAUAAUUAAUUAAAUAAAAUAUUUCUUUUUAAUUUUUUUUUGUUAGUCGUUAAAAUUGAUCCUAACGAUAUUAGUAUACAUUCAAAACGUAUUGAACAUGUUGAAAAGCAUGGAACACGAAAACUUUAUUUGAACAGUUUACAAUCACUUCUUAUGGCUUUACAUCCGUCAGAAAAUCCAGAACAAAAAUCAUUAUAUUUAGAAAAAUAUCGAAUUCUUAUACAAGCAAUUCUUGCAUCUGAACGAAAAGAUAAUGAAUUACAAACACUUUUCUACAAAGGUCUUAGGGAUUUGGGCACAGAUUUUCCUUCUGAAUAUAUUGAACGUCUUUUGCAAAUGCAAUACAAUUCUAAAUUAUAUCCUGAAUUACUUAAAAAUUUGAUUAAUUUCACGGGUGUUCGUCUAUCAAAAUUCAAUACUGAAUUAGAAUUACCUAUUGAUACAACAGAUUUAGAUGAUCUUAAAGAUGCAGAGUAA